AUGGAAGAGAACGAAAGGCAAAGACCGCAACAAAAGCAGCCAGUCGUCCCUCCACCACCCCCUAAAACAUGGCGCGAGCGCAUCUUUCACGCGCUGCCCUACUACACAGGCCCAUACAGCGUCGGCUACAUGGAGGUCGAGCUCCCCGUCGACGAGCCCAGGACCUUCUCGCGCAUCAAGCGGGAGCACCGCCCGGCCCUGCAGCUCGACACGGUGCUCUUCUCCGUCUACUACCCGACCAACGCCGACCCGGCGGCGGAGCACCGCGUGCCCUGGCUGCCCCGGCCGCGCGUGCCGACGUGCAAGGGCUACGCCAAGUUCUUUAACAUCCCCCACUUGCCCAUCACUGCGUACAUGGCAACCACCUGCAUGUUCACCAAGUUGCCCGCCUUCCGGAACGCGAAGCUGGCUAACAGCUGGCCGUCGGGCGUGAGGGCCACUGCGCGGCAGAGGCUGUUUGAGGACCUCAGGCCGAAAUUCCCCGUGGUUGUGCUCAGCCAUGGGCUGGGAGGGUCGAGGACAAUGUAUUCGACUGUCUGUGGAGAUCUUGCCUCCUACGGAUUUGUCGUGGUGGCUAUGGAGCAUCGUGAUGGCUCUGGGGCGAGGUCAUAUGUUAAUGUGCCGGCGGAGAGGGACUCACCGGAAUUCAGCAGGGACAAGCGAGAGAGCGCGUCUGAAUCAGAGCCCCAGAAGGCCACGGACAGUAGGAACGAGGGACAACCUAAGGCAACCCGGAGCUACAUGGUGGACUACAUUUUCCCUAAAGACAACGCGCAGGACACUGCGCCGCACAAUCCGAUAGGAGUUGACCAUGAGUUGCGGGACGCUCAAAUCCAGAUGCGACUGGCGGAAAUCGAAGAAGCUUACAAGGUCUUACAGAUCAUCGAUGCUGGCGAUCCGGAAGACCGGAUCAGAGACAACAACCUGAGGAAGAAGCCCAACCGAGGGUCAAGCUCCCGGGGACUGGACGGUGUCGACUGGGCGGAUUGGAAAGGGCGAUUAUCCCUCGAGAACGUCACGGCCAUGGGCCACAGCUUCGGCGGCGCGACCACAGUACAAAUUCUCAGGCUCAAUGACCAUUUCCCCUGGAUUGGCCAGGGCAUACUGCUGGAUGCCUGGGGCCCGGCGGCCCCGGAGGUGAAGCCCGGCCACGCAGAGCAGACGAUCACCAAGCCACUGCUCUCGAUAGGGUCCGAGGCGUUCAUGCACUGGCGCGAGAACUACAACAAGAUCGAGGACAUCUGCAAGGAGGCCGCGCAGAACGACGCGCUCUGCUGGAUGACGACUGUGCGGGGCUCGACGCACAUGUCGCAGACGGAUUUCGCGGUCCUGUUUCCAAAAUGGAUGGACCUGUUCAUCAAGACCCUCAUCCAUCCGCUGCGUGGGAUCUACCUCACCAUCGCACCAACCCUCGAAUUCCUCAAGAUCGUCCUGCCCCCGACCCAGACCUCGUCCUACGAUACUAGCAACUGGGUCGACGAUGGCCUGCUCUUGAAGUCGCAUCCGGACUCGCAGAUCUCGGUGGAGCACCGACCGGACGAGAAGUGGACGGCGGCCCGGCUCAAGAUCGACAACGAGUUCCAGGUGCGGCUGCAGAGCUUGUGGGCUCAGACGUGGCGGAAGAGGAAGAACGCCGAGGCAGCGAAUGUGCCCCGGGAUGCCAGGGGAAGACCGUUGUUUGGGCUCAAAACGUGGGGGCCGGGCGAGGAGAUGUGGGUGCACAUGUGCCCUAGAUUGGAAGACUUGGAGAGGCGCCUGGAGCACCGGGACAUGCGGGAGGGCGAGCGGUCUGAUGGCGAAGAGCACGAGCAACGGUCGCGGCGUGUCCUGCGGUGCCCAACGAUGUAG